AUGGACUCAACCCACGACCCUCUCGUCCUCACGAAGGCGAAGAAGCGGCCUCGCUCCCAAGACUCAGCAGCUUCCAUCCACAGCGCCGCAACGCAACCAAAUCUCGACCACGCGUUUACUGACGUACCCGAAGUUUACCAAUCCCAAUGGAUUCCGAACGAUCACGGUCGAACCCGAGAACUUGGCCACCCAACCUCCCAGAUGACACAAGACGACAUGGUGCUGGCCUCCCAGCUGCACACUAGCCGCGAGUUUGCCAUGGAUUCACAAGUCAACGUCUCGAUGCAGAAUGUCCAAUAUCAUGGCAGCCACAGCAUGAGCCGCCAGUCUUUGUCCGCCGAUUCCUUUGCCGGAAACACCAGUUUUGUGGAGGACAGUCAGAUGUUGGACCACGAUGGCAACAACGAUCAUGGCCCAUAUGUUGGAAUGUCGUCGCAGUCUAAGGGAGGAUCGCGCUCGAGUGCGAACAACGAGGUGGAAAUGCGUCAGCUAUAUAUUGCCAACAGACACCGGGAUCUUCAGGACGUUGCAGAGGAGCUUCAUGGCAACGAGCGUGGUCCAAAUUCAGAACGAACCCGCCAGGUUUUCGCAAUGUUGAUCAGCCAAGUCUGUUCAAAGGGCAAAGGAUCGGUACCUAGAGGGAGAGUUUACGCCAACUAUGCCUCCAGGUGUGCCACUGAGAGGAUAACGGUCUUGAAUCCUGCCAGUUUCGGGAAGCUUGUCCGGGUUCUUUUCCCAGGGCUGAAAACACGUCGCCUUGGUGUUCGGGGAGAGUCCAAAUAUCAUUACGUCAACUUUCAGCUCCGAGAAGAUCAGCCUGAUGUGCGAGAUGUCUCGACUCAGCCUCAGGUUCCUCCAGAGGAGGAGCAGUCGUUCUCCCAAACUUUCAAUAGCACGGCACCGGACAAUACAAAAACAACCGAACGCACAGUACUCCUCACCCCUGACCUGGGCCAGCAACCAGAGACCCGGGUGAGGCGGCCGCAUGAAUAUGUUCACAGCCUGUACAACCAAGUCCAGGUAGCCAACAUCGACCAGCUUAGCACGACGGUAACCAAGACAGUGCAGAAGCUUUGUUUUGCCGCGGAAACCGAGGAGACAUUCCAACAGUCGGAGCCUCUCGUCCUUCCACGGAUCGAACCCUUUCUACCAAAAAACACUGACCCAGACGCUGCCAAGUCACUGGCUGCGCUCUACAGGUCACACUGCACAUCUCUGGUGGAAUGCAUUCGGUAUUGUAAAGAGAAGACCUUUUUUCAUCUUUACACCUCAUUCCAGGGCACGCUCACGAUGCCGGUCCAGAAGCUUCUGGUCCUCCAAGUUGUUCCUAAGACGGUGCUCGAUACAUUGCGGAACAUUGCAGAUAAGCUCGUCCCACACAUCCGCGAUUCUUUCCAGGGACAACCUCCUCACGUCCUCAAGGCCAAAGAGGCACCGGCAACCCUAUUCGCAGGCUUACUGGAUCGGGUGCUCCGUGUCAACCUCACCGCUCAUGCUGCGGCCAACAUGCUCUCAAACCCAGCAAACCGCGAUCUCAUGUACGUGGAAUGGAUAAACAUAAUCAAUUUACGAAAGGUCGCCGAGAGUGUUCCGUCGAGGGGCAUGGAUGAUGUCGUGAAUCUGCUCCUCAAAGAGAUGCGCGAUCUCCUAGACCCGGUUAACAUCCCAUGGGAAAUCGAAGGCCUGACACUACACGGAGAAAUGGCGAUGCGGAAUGGUCGCCAACCACAGGCAGGAGACGCUGAGGAAUCCACGGCCUCGAACGUUUUGGAUCGCUGGGUGAGCUUUCUUCGCCACCUGCCAUCACACUUCCCCUACGCUUCGCAUACCGAUAUUGUCUGGUGUGUCCAACGAUUAGGCACAGCCGUAAUGAGGGAUAUUACACUUGGCCAAGGCAAGAGUUUCGGCUCUUGGUGGGUCACCAAAUGUUUUAUCGAUGAGAUGAUACUCUUUUUGGCAGAAUACGGCGGGUUUCUCAAGCAAAAGUCGACACAUGAGUAUACGCUCCUUGUCACACAGCAACAAGGCGCAAGCAACGAGGCAAGCAACGAGGCAUCCAGAUACAGGAGUAGUAGCGAUGAUUCCAGCGCGUCCCGCAUGUCCGAGUCGCAGCCGGAUCGGGCUCGAUUCCCGGUGGCUGCAUCGAUGGCCACCCAGCCUUCUGUCCAUGACGACAGCGGCAUAGGUAUUCGGACACCUGAUGAAGAUUCUCCAAUUCAAAAGUUUGGCUUCCAAACGAGUACUGCGAGCUCGCAAGAUAUUUUUGCCGGCACGGGACUGCAGGAUGAGGACCGUUUGGCAGACAUUUGA